AGCUUGUCAUACAUCCCUGUGUCCUUGAUCGUCCUUGAUUGAUCAGCGAGUCAGUGUUUAAACGAUAGCAAGAAUAUAGAUCGAGCAUAGUUUGAGUAUAAAGGCCUUAGGCCUAUAUUUUUUCAACAAUGAUGGCUGGAGAGUGGCUUGAACUUGAAAGUGAUCCAGGUGUAUUCACUCUUCUUGUCCAAGAGUUUGGUACAAAGGGUGUUCAGGUUGAGGAAGUAUAUGAUCUUCAGAAACCUAUAGAUGGACCUGUCUACGGAUUUAUAUUUCUCUUCAAAUGGAUCGAAGAGCGUCGGGCAAGACGCAAGGUUCAGUCAAUCUCGGAUGAUGCAUACGUCACUAAUCCCAGUCUUCUCAGAGAUAUGUUCUUUGCUCAUCAGGUAGUACCAAAUUCAUGUGCAACACAUGCUCUGCUGAGUGUUCUCCUAAAUUGCCAGGACAUUACAUUGGGUAAAACUCUUUCCAAUUUCAAGGAGUUUACUAAAAACUUCAGCCCAGAGGAUCGUGGUGAAGCUAUUGGUAAUGUACCUGAGAUAGCCCAGGCUCACAAUGCCCAUGCACAUCCUGAACCCCCAAGAUUACCAGAGAAAGCAACAGGAGGGAUUACAAGAGCUAGAGAGACCUUUCAUUUUGUCAGCUAUGUCCCUAUAGCAGGACGCCUCUAUGAACUAGAUGGACUCAAACGUGGUCCAUUGGAUCAUGGGCCUUGGGAUGAGAAAGAGGAAUGGACUGCUAAGUUCCAGAGAGUGAUUGCCGAUAGACUUGAGAAUGAAGGUGGAUCAUCUGACAUUAGGUUUAGCUUGAUGGCUGUAGUAGCAGACAAGAAGUUAGCUAUAGAACAGAAGCUCUCUACACUCAGAUCCAAUAGAGAGAUUCUACUCCAGACCCUUAAUCAGCUUGUAGAAUCAACACAAAAACCUCCACCUGGCAAACUGUCACCAAAGUUAUCAAGAGAUUACAAUACACCGUUGGAUAUCUCUAAAGCUGCUGAACAUCGUACAGGUGACACUGGGAAGAACCCUUCAACCAUUCCUUCUCAUCAAGCAGACAGUCAAAAUAAAGAGAUUGCUUUAGUCAAAAAGAAGAAAAAGAAAAAGAAGAAAAAGAAGAAGAAGCAUGCCCAGAUUGAUAAAGGUCCAAGCCCAACACCAGUGUACAAAUUACCAGCUGCUCUUGACGGUCACAACUAUUGUAAAUCUCCUCUUUCUUGUGAUGAACAAUCCAUGUCAAGCCCCAAUACAGACUCGGCAGAAUCAGAAAGUGAGGAAGACAAGAGUCUUGACAAGGGUGUCGACAAAAAUCCAAAGAAGAAUUCUGAAUUAAGUGGAGAUUCAUCUCUUAGAGACAAUCAAAGUAAAUCUGAAACAACCACUGAACAAGAAGGAGGUUCUGAGGGGACAGGUGAAACACUGAAAAAUGAUGAAGGAAAUGUUUGUAUUGUUGUGAAGACAGAUGAUGAUGCUGAUGGAGGUAGUUGGACAGAGAGCGUAGAAAUCAUUGAUGUAGAGGUUGUAGCUGAUAACAAGGAAGAAAGCACUAAUAUGGAGACAAGUACAAAGAGUGAAGGUCACAACAGUGACAUGGACACAAAAGAUAAUGAUAUGAAGGAGACUUUUGAAGAUGAGUGCAUCAAGGAAGAUAUGAGUAAAUCAGAAAAUAAACCAGAAAUUAAAGUAGAAAAUCUAUCAGAAGUUCAAGCUGAGACUCAACCAGAAAUCAAGGAGAUUAAACAGGAGGCUAAACUAGACAUUAAACAAGAGAGGAAACUAGAGACUAAACUUGAACCAAGUAAUAUCAAUAAGACACUACUCUCUUUCACAGCUAAGAUUCCUCCAGAUUUAUGCCAACCUCUGACCAUUCACACAGCCCCGGAUCGCAUCCCAACAUCCCCAUCUCCUAGUAACUACAGCACAGAUACAGCUUCUGAAAUGGGGAGUGCUUUCAACUCUCCUCUUAUCAAAUCUGCUAAUCAGUCUAGGUCUAAUAGUCCAACUACCAGCAAAUUAAAUAGAUUUCAGGCCUGGAAAGCUGGUGCUAGUGCAGAUGAGAGGAAUAAGUUGGAAGCUGCCAUUGCUAAGAUUGAAGAUGAAAGGAAGCAAGCUAUUAUUGAUGAGGGAGGGGAAAUUGGAGGACUUGAUAUUGGAAGGCUGAAGUCACUGAGGAAGAGACCCGGUAUUGAUUUUGACGAUACUGAUAUACAAGCUAAGCGACAACUAUUUAAUAAAGAUGGAUCAGGUGGGCGUGGCACUGGGAAACGAGAAGCUGCUGUGUGGACAAAGAUCAAGAAAGCUGCUAACAAACAAGAUGAUACACAACACUUCACACCAGGGGAGCUUCUUGAUGUCUUAAAAGGGGUUGAAAAUGAAAUCAGUGUGUAUGAACAAAGACUACAAGAUGAAAGGGAGAAGAGAAACAAGUACAAGAUUGAUGACAAUCGACGGACCCACAACUAUGAUCCAUUCAUCUUCACAUUCCUGUCAAUGUUAGCUGAACAAGGUAAACUUGCACCAUUAGUAGAGAAACAUACUCUUAUCAAGCGUAGACAAGGCAUCUCAUUAGGGAGACUUCAGAGGAACCGUAAGCCUGAUCGCAGGAGAAGAAAGAAUCGCUCCAGAGGUAUCCGCAAGAAAUCUGGAAAGUACAAGUAAUUUCAUUGGAAAAUCAUCAUUGUAAAGCAUUUGAGUGUUAUUAUCUUGCUAGUAUAAAAUGUUUUGAUCAUGUAACUUUAAUCAAAUAUUAUACCAGUCAACAUUUGUCAAGGUCAUUAAGAGUUUGGUAUAGUUGUUAAAUAUUCAUGUUGCAUGGUUAGGCACGGACAUUACAAAUUCUUGCCAGAUGUUGUGUCUGGCUAUUUUGAUAUCGGUUCUUUAUUCAAGAAUCUGCAAAUACAUGUAUACAUGAUUCAAUGAGAUUACCUUAAAAAUUUACAUAGAUGAAUGUGACACCUAUUGGCUUGUGUGGUUUUUUUUUUUUUCUACACCCACUCAUAGCUGAAUGCAUUUUUACUUAAAUUCUGUAAUAAACUCAUCAGUAAUCGAAACCCAUGCCAAUGCCAGAUUUAAGUAAAUUAUUUAGCAUGUUCAUGUGAACAAUAAAAUGACUGAAAAUGAGGUCUACAGUGUAUGCUGAAAAGAGGAUAAAUCAAUAAGAUGUAAAUACUUUUUCAAAGCAUUUUCAUGAAAUUUUUCUGGAAGGAGAUGAAUGAAUUUUCACACUUAUUUUAUUUAUUUAAAAAAAAACAACCUGAAAUGAAAAUAGACUGACAACCUAUUCAUUAUACUGUGUUUCUAUAAUAUUGGUAUUUGAUAUAUGAUUUUGGUUUCACAUUUUCUGUAAGUUAAUUUUUGAAUGGAAAAAAAUAUUAAAUCUUUAAAUGAAUCUGUAACAUUAAAAGCUUGCAGCAGUUUUUAAUGACCUGUUUUCUUUAAAAAAUCAUACUACUUUUGAAACCAUAUUCUCUAAGCCCAGGUAGGCCUACAUGGUUCUGAAGUUGUGCAAUAUUUUGUAAGUGCAGGUCACUCCCAUGACUGCUCAACAACAUGAUUUCAUUUAUGUAUCCAAUGCUAAUUCUGUUUCCUUGCCAAAAUUCAGGAGAGUAUCAUUACUUUACUUUUCUUAUAAAAAAAUAUCUGGUAUCUUGCUUUUUAUGAAUGGAAUAGUGGGACUGACAAUGAAAAUUUAAAGUAAAAUAAAAAGGAAUACAUUAGAAAUACUUAUGCCAGCAUUUCUAUGCUCAUUUGAUAAGAAUUGUAACACAAGUGUUUAGACCAGAUAUUCAAAUCUGAAACAUUUUCUCUUUCUUAAUGUCAUAAUCCAAGGACAUGAAAAGGCAAUGCCAUUUUAUCAGCUUGGAAACUUGAUACACAUUUUAUACAAGCUUUAUAAGAAAAUAAUAACUGUGAAUAGUUUUUCAAAAUUAGAGGGGGAAAAUUCAUUUAUUCAAUAAUGUAAAUUUAUUGACUAUAAAUGAACUUUGACCUUGACUAGGGAACACAUUAUUCAAUAUCAUCUGUGAUAUCCAAUAACCAUAUCAUUCUUCAUUUAAUUGAAUACUUUGGAAAUGGUUAACAAACAUAGUUUUAUCAGGUAAUUGAUCUUAAAAGAUUUAUCUUGACCGAGUGACCCAACAAUUUACUCAUAUAAUUGAUUAUACCAAGGAGAUAUCUCCUUGAUUAUACCAGAUAACCAAUGUAUUAUAGUUUAACUGCAUAUGAUCUACAGAUUUCAAAAUCAGCAUGAAAAUAGCCUUUGGUUAUGUAUUUUUAAGUUGAUACCAGUUUACCCCCAAAUGACUCUAGACCUUAGCCUAGUGACCUAAAUUGCCCUCAUCCUUUUGCUAAUACUUGGUAAUCAUUAUACAGUAUUUAAGUCUUGUCAUGGGAAACUUUCAAAAUGAUCAUAUUGAUUAAUCCAAAUCUUAAUGGUUGAUUUUUUGUAUUUAUAUUGAUGCCAACACAUGGUCAAAGUUCCCUUACCCUGUUGACCUUCAACCUUGAAAAUGUGACCUAAACCUCAAGCCAAAUGAUCAAUGAUACUUUGUCACCCUUAUGUCCAAGUUUAAUGAAAUAAGCCUUAAUAAUUUUGAAAUGGCAUUUCAUAAAGCUGUUCGUAAAGUUACGAACGACUUUACACACGACUGGAACAUGUUUUUGGGUCAUAACUCAAUCACAUAGGGAUGACACAUAGCACAAGAAAGGAUCACCAGUCAUGCGUAAAGUCAUUUGUAUCUUAAGAACAGCUUUAUGAAACACCCCCCUGGAAUAUCAAGAAUGUAAGAGCAGUCAUUUAAGUCCUGUUGGCUAUGUUGAAACAUCAGACAAGGGUAUGAGAUAAAUCUAACUGUGAACAUUGUCAGCUGUGAAUAAAAUUAUGCACACAUGUA